CCAACCCUGUCCGCGACGCUUCCCCAGUACUUGGACGACCGCGCACGCGACAUCCUACCGUCGGGGUUGCGCGCUGUCGCGUCGUCGUGUAUGCGUGUGCAUGCGUGCAUCUAUCGCGAGUGCACUCGCACGGGGUAGCGGCAUGCCGAGAGCGUUGCUGGGCACACCAGCAGCCAGCAACGUGGGGCUGGCGUGACAUAACCCCAAGUGGCACGCUAAUCGCAACAAUCAACCCCUAUCGCGAGAGGAGCCUCAUCUCUCGCGCUGGGCGUACAAGAGAGACCUAGCCGGACCUCCCGGUCAGCAUCUCCGCGAGAUAUGGAAUAAUGUAGCAUCGCUAGGCUAAAUGAGGGAUACAGGAGGGUGCGCGAGUACUUGGCAUGGAUGCGUGUUUCGACCGUCCUUCGCAUUGCGUCGCACGGAAGAACGGGGUCAUUAGCUACGCGGAUACUCGGUCGCGAGAUGGGUCAAGCGAAAUCGCUUGGACAGAAGCGAGCGACGUAAUUCCGAGUUCGUUUUCGAGGAAGUGCGCACCGGGACAGGUCGAUCCAUCAUCGUUGCGGUUCCAUCUGACACCUUGACGACGCAGAUCGAUCCGAUCGACCUGACCGCAUCUCUCGCUAAUAGGAAUGCGGGAUUUGUGUUUACAAAACACGCGAUACACGCAAUCUUUACGAGGAGUUACGUGCGCUACUGAAUAGAGCGUUCCUGGACGUUUAAAAGACUUUAAAUUUCUUUUUUUUUUCGAGACACCCUCGAGACACCGGCGAUCGAUUCUUCAGAAUUGACAAACGAUCUAGAGCUAUUUUUCGCACUAACUAUAAUUAUUGGAAGAAUCGUCACGACGGCACUGCGACAAAGAUUUUAACGAGACACUAAAGCGACACCGUGAAGUAACACCCGGCAAUAUUGAAUUAUGAGUGCUUUUGUGUGAUGCGACGUACAUCCGCGUAACUUCAGUGAAUACGAUUAAUCAUCUCGUAAAGCGGAUACUUGGAUACGGAAAUUCGCGUAUGAUGGAAACGCGAACGCCGGCCAAACCGCUAGAAGAUAUUUACGGCAACCGUGGAAAAUCAUUCGUCUCGUCGAGCACGGCGAAUCAUCUGAUAUUUGCUAUCAGAUAAUGCUGGGCCAUCAUUGAUAAUGGAGAGAUAAUCCGGCUAAGACUCGCAUCGCGAAGCUGACCGUUGCAGUCAAGGACGGUUCACUGAACAUCGAUUGGUUCACGGAAGACAGAACGAAUCCAGAUUCCUUCCUGACGAAGCAAUGCCCGAACGGGCUAUAAAUGGGAGUAUCAAUCAUAAUUAUGGGAAUCUUUAAUGCCGCGAUUUUGAAUCCGCGGAGAAGCGGUUGCCCAAAAUUGGAAUAAAUAAAGAGUUAUCAUAUUUUAUCUCUUUCUCUCUUUUACCAAUCGUUAAUAAACAAUUAGCAGUAAGUAAACAAGAUCGAGUCAGAUACUGCCGGCAAGUACUUGUAUAAAAUACUUAUUUAAAUAUCAAGACGCUUAUAUAUGAAUUGCGUACUCUCUAUUUGACUACACGAGAGAGCUUUCCUCUACUGGCGAACACACAAAAUUGCUUUUGGGUCGGCGAAGAGAAAAAAAAAUAUAUAAAAGAAGGCUAUUUUCCCAUAGUAACCAUUGGCGCAAAGAGCAUCGACUGCUAACGCAGAUGAAUUGGCAAGGAACAUCGACGAGCAGCUUUUACGCGGCUUGUAGCUGUUGCUGUUACGAGAAAAGGAGAUCGUUAGCAGCGUCGGGCGGAAAUCCCGCGGAGAAGAUUAAUGAACGGCGCGGUUAACGGUAGAGCGAAGUCGCGCGACGAUAGCACAGCUGCGAUAGAAUCAGCGGGAAAACUCUCCCUCUCGCUCUUUCUGGUCCGGCAGUGGUGAUUCGAGCAAGCCGGCUUGAUGUUGUCGCGCUUCCUGCAGGAGCUGUCAUCGGCGGACAACAAGAUCGCCGUCGCGGAGAAACGGCGGGCCGACGGUUUGUGAUCGUUUCGGGAGCGGGCCGAUCGUACCCGCGUCAGAACCGAUCGCGAGAGCGCAGCAGCGAUCGCCACGAUUGCUGCCGAUGAGGGUAAUGUGACGAAGGCGGCGGAGGCAGGUGACGAGAUGACGGUGACGGUGACGCCGUCGACUUCCGACGUCGCCGACAAGGCGGUGUCGACGGACGAUGGCGGCGGCAGCGGCAUGGAAGUGGCGCGUCUCGAGGCCGUCCUCGCCGCCCUGGUGGAAACCAAAGUGGAAGCGAUGAAGGCGUCCUCGACGCUCAGCCGACGUUCCGGUAGCGCGCCCGCGAGUCCGCGCCGACCUAGAUUGACCUCGACCUCGACGGCCUCCUCUUCGUUGAACCACCACCAUCACCAUCAUCAUCAUCAUCAUCAUCAUCCGCAUCACUCGCAGCAGCAGCAGCAACAGCACAAUAAGAAAAAGGGCCAGCAUCAUCAGCAGCAUCACCGCCAUCGUCGCAGACGUCACGAUUCCGCUCCCUGCGAGAGCGAUUACCUCAACAACGUGAUGGAUCAUUCUCAGCAUAAGUUACCUAACGGAAGGGGACGGAGAAGAGCCUCCGAAAGUCCUCGAAGUCCUCGAAAAAAGCGCAGGCAUUCGAGGAGCCCAAAUGUUCUUCAAGGCGUCGUCCAAGACGUUCACCCCGGCCUCGAUUCGCGCUUCGAGCUGCUCGGUGUUGACGGCGACCAAGAUGUGGCUCUAAUAAACUUCGAAAGGGCCAAGGAAGUCCUCGGCGACUCCUGCGAAUAUCCACGGCUGCACCGAAGUGCCUGCUACUUUUCUCAAAGCGCAGCUCAAUUAAAAAUUCAUUACGACGACGACUAUGUGGCGUUGAACAUAGCCGACGAGCUGGAGGAGGAAGAGACCCUGAGCGGUCCGGAGAAGGUAGACGAGCCUCAAGGAAGGUAUCACCGGCCGCGAAAAAAGCGCAAACGUAAACGGCGCAAGAUCGACUCCGUCGUUCCGGAAGAGGAGAGGAUCGAUUUUGUCGAUCCUGACGAUCUUCCUCCCCGUGCACGAUGGACGAUCGUCGCGACCGCUUGUCUUCUACUCGCCAUGUCCUUGCUCCUGGUCGGUGUCACGCUGCGAAUGGCUCCUAUAAUCGACGACAUGGUGCGGAAGGAGAACGAGGAACUGCUGAACUCUCUGAACAGGGACAUUUCCGUGCCUGAGAACGUUACAGCGCCGCCCUAAAGCGGAGUAAUCAAAACGAAAGUGCAUCGCUUGUCAAUCUCGUUCUCGAUUGCCUUCAGCCACGUGUGACACGAAAUCCUCGUCCCGCGAGGGAUCGCAACUUCAACGUCGGCGUUUUACGAAGUGCGAAUCAUCCGGACGAUUCAGGGAAGAAAUCUCGAGACAAACGGUGAGAUAGAUUGGCAGUUUUGGCGUAUUCAUCUCUUCAGCAAUUGUCAUCGAAUCGAUAGCACGCUGAUUAGGUGUAUCGCUGCUUUAACACGACGCUUCAAAUAUUAUACGCGCGUCUUUGUAUACGACGUCGCGAUAAGGUUGUUGCAAAAUAUAUUCGCAAAAAAUCUGACAUCGCGAUACCCGACAUACUAUAUUGUACUGUUGAUUGUAUUGUUGCCACAUUUAGAAGCGGCGUACAUAUGUAUAUGUGUAUAUAUGUAUAUACACCGUUAUAUCGUAUCAAUGCAGACUGGGUGCCCUCGAUUCCAGAUGGCUUCGUCAAUAGCUAACUCCGAUCAGAAGCACCAGACCAGCGUUCAAUCUGAAUUAUUGGUGAAGUUCGACGCGCCAAAUUAAUUUACUCGACAGUGACAUUUUUAUCCGAGAUGAAUAUCUUGCAAAUUCUACAAUUGGAAAUUCCGAAUAAGCUCGCAACAUUGUAUAUAUUAUCUGGAUAAUUAUCUCGAUAAUUGUUUCUGACGUAUAUAUUAUUAUCAUUACUACUACUCAACAAAUUACUCGGUCGUAAUAAUAUCGUAAGCAUGAAAUAUGUCAUGAUAAAUCGUACCGCAUGUUCCGCGGAGUGCCUGAUUUGCGUUGAAACGAAUCAUAAUAAUUCUUUAAGAUCGCAAUACUUGUGAUGAGAGCUCGCGAAGUAGUUUGCGAAUUUCAAUCCGACGAUAAAAGUCGCACGCACCGAAAUGCCAACAACGAAAGGAUCGAUUAGAAAAAAAGUGACGCGUGAGAAAAUGUGGUGCCGUAGACCUAUAGCAUCUGAUCGUUUGUCUGUCGGCAAAGGAAACGACGUGUACAUGAAACCUCCCUUCUCUACACUUAUUCGAGUGCAUGUACGUGGCCCGAAUCGGGGAUACACGUGAGUAUCGAUCUGCGUCAUCAACACGCGAAUACGGGCUUCAUACGUCACGGAUUCGCGCGAAAUCGUGUCGCAGGGCAAAAACGCGACGUAGAUAAUAUAUAAUAUAGCUCCUUUUGUGCUUUUUUACAUGUCUUCCAGGACACGAGAAAAGGAACGCGAUGAACUCGAUGAACGGAGGUUCUCACCCAGGUUGAUUCCUUAACGCCGCGAUGACGUUCACGAUAUUCUCGCGCAUGUAGAAAGCUGUACAUAAAAGAACGUUUGUUAUUUAACAUUAUCGUUUGUAGUUACACGUUGAGAGGCUAGUUGAGAUAAGGGCCAAAUUGUUGUUGUCGAUUUGUAAGAUAAAAUGUCGCAUAGAAGACGUUCGUUGAGAUCGCGCGCGAUACAAAAAGGGAAGAAAAAAGGAGAAUCGGAGCACACGAGUCAGUUAAAUUAAAGUGUGAAUGGAUGUGUAUGUGUGUGUGAAUCGUGCAUAUGUGCAUUAUUGUGUAAGAGUACAGUUUACGCUUCGUAUAAAACGGCCAAACUAUUUUUAUUCGUUUCACUCUGCUGCUCUCGGUGCAAUUUCGAAUUUGGCUUUGUGACUAAUUGCUUAAAGUUUUAUCGAAUGCUUUUCGUAAACGCGUAAUGAUUCGCGAUUCAAGCAAAAACUUUUUCCGAUAUCCGUGUAUUUUGAAAUCUCUUUUCACAAGCUUAUACAGAAAAUAUUUGCUAAACUUUUAAAUCCUGCACUUAUCAAGCAAUGCACAUUGUUUCGAUAUAAUGCGAUAUAUAUAAUAUACGCGCUGCUCUCUAUAUUUUCACAAAAUUUAAUUCUAUAAUAAGUGUAUUAUUGUUAUAUAUACAAGAGCAUUAUUUUCGCUAUUCAUAAUUUAAAAGAGCUAAAUUUUUCACAUCAUGAAGUUUAUUCUGCGUUAUUUAUGCAUUACAUUCGUGAUUGAAAUUAUUUUAUUGUAAUUUUAUAUAUCAGAUCAAAUCUGAUAUUAAAAUUGCAAAAACAGAUGACAUUUCAUGGCACUGAAAGGGUCACAUUGGUAUAUCGAUAAAAAUAUAAAUUAUAGCCCCUGAUGUAUAGCCCCGUUUACAUUCGACGGGUAUAAUCUGGCUUACGCUGAAAAAUAUGUAUAUAUAACCAACACGUUUCGUAACAAAAGCUCCCUGUGGUACGACAAUGUCGAACUUGGAUAUCGCUUAAGACCAGAAGAAAUAAAAGUUGCGCGAAAUUCGAAAAUUCGUUCGAGAAAAGCUUUUCUCGCGUGACGUCCGAUACGAUAAAACUAUAUCGUUUGGAUCGACCUUAUUCUUUCUUAUAGAGAACUCUAUGACAUUUAUUAUAUUUUAUAUUUUUCAAACGUGCACGCGAAAUGCAUCGAAAAUGCACAAAUGCAGCAUUUGCUAUUUUAAAUAUGUAGUUUCCUUCUCUCUGUGUGUAUAAUAUUUUUGAUUUUUUUUUCUCUACACUAUAAAAUUAUUGGGAUGAGUGUGAUAUUUCCAUACGACUAAUUUCGUAAUUAAAGUGUAUCGUUUUUGUGAGAAAUUGGGCUAUACUACGAGGUCUCGAAUAUCUUUGCUAGCGGUUGCUUUUUUAUCUGAUGACGAGAUAAUGUACGAUAACGCGUUUCUAAAUAUACUGUCGGAAUAAUUUACACGCGGAAUAUACAUAUGAGUGACUAAUAUUGUUUCCGCGACAAGUAAAAGUUUCGCAACGUGUAUAACAACGGAUGCUUAAGAACGCGCGAGAAAUUUCAAUUUUUACGACUAUUUGUCCAGACUGUCAUGCAAUCACGUAUACGUCGAAUUUAAGGUAUACGUUUAUCGAAACACUAUGCGAUCGCGCUAAUGUAGGUCGAUCAAUAAGGCUCGACAAGAAGAAUUUUCUUGAAAAAUCUCUUUUCAAAGACCAAAUCUCUUCUCUCGAUUCGUCAAUUUCUCUGUCCUCGGUGCCGAAAUAACGCGUCGCUCUGUUUCGCUAUCUAUUCUAAAGGUAACCGUCCUAAAAACAUUAUGUUUUAUUGAAAAACUAUUCCGCUGAUCGCGUUUGAUAUCCUCUUUUGCUUCACCUCAUAUUUACGAACGAACAGGACUUGCUACAUGCUAUUUACUAACUUAUUAACGACAGGAUCGACGACAUAGGCUCGAUGAUUGUUUAUCGUCGAAGAAGGAAAACGAUCAGUUUGAUAGGUAUACGUCUGCGUCGCACAAUCAAUCGGCAAACGUAAUCGCCGAUCUCUCGUAUAUGCGAUGUGUAUCGCAUAAGAAACGUAUAAGUUAGAAGCUUAAUGAUAAAUCAGUCUUUCGGGCGAACAUCGCGCGGGCCUUUCUUUUUAAUUAAGAUUAUAAUCUUAAUAAUUAUUGGAGAUCGCGUUACCUUAUAUGAUAACGCAAUCGAUUUCGUUGAUAAGUUUGUUAACGUAUAGUCUUAAAGCAAUUCUCUCACGGCCGUAGAUCUCUCGUUAGAAUAUUUCGGCCAUAGUUUUCAAUCGAUCGAUUCGGCGAUGAAAAUGAAAAGAACGCAAUAAUUCGCUACACAUUACGCGUAGAAAAUCCUUUUCUAUGAAUGAUAUUUCCCUUUUCUACCUUGUAACUAGUCAUUUUUAGGACCACUUGUAGAAAAGAAAUAUUGUAUAGGGUAGUAUACGAUUUUGUUUGCUACACCUUUCUCUCAAGACGGAUCUUCGUCUUCUCUUUCGCUUAAAAGUCGCUUGGCCUAAACGCGAGAAAUUCGAAUUUAAAAAGCGAGCUAAAAUAAAUAGUUUAGAGUGACCGUGCGCCUCGUGGCUGCCUGAUAGUUCCAAGAAAGAGAUCCCACGAGAGCCAAUUGAGUUCGACAAGUGUUUGAACAUAUAGUUGACGUUCAAAGUUUUACGCUAGUCGCCUUUUGAUUUCUUACGACAUUAUAUAUAAUACGAGGAUAAUACAAUCGCGCGGACUUGGCAUUGCAUAAUGAAAUACACGUUCUCCUUUUGUUUUCCUCACAAUGUUACAUUGUACUUAACGUUUAAACUCCAGAUGUGAGAUGCAUGUGCCAAACCUGUGCGUGUAUGUUACAAUAUACACUUUAGAUUUCCUUCGACACAUUGUAGUGCCGGUGUGAGUACGAUCGAUUGUGUGUGCGUUUUUAUGAGAGAAGAACGGGCAUUUUCUCCGUCGAGAGAGCGAGAGAACGUAAACGUAGCUCGUUGCGAGAACGACAAGCUUAACUCGGGAAUAAAUAGAUUGUUCUCUAGAUCGUUAAUCGCGGAAUUGUCGAGUAAAAUGAUUCUUAUUUGUCGUAUUGUCUUCGAUAGCAUUUUUAUUUUAUGGCAGUGAUAAAGCGCUGGCGAUAUAAUAUGAUUGACGUAACGAUUGACAAAGUGUAUUCUAUAAAAAAGAUAAGGCAGAAAAGAUAAUAUACGAAAUUUCGAUUUCAACGUUUAUCUUCCAAGUGCAACUAAGGAAUUUAAUGUAGUAUAAUUAUUAAAAUUGUAUUAAAAGAGAUAAAUUGAUU